AUCACUCCGUCAAAAAACUUUAUCAAAUCAAACCUUAGUCUGAGACCUUCUAAUCACUAUCAUCAUCAUUCAUCGUCUGUGGCAGCAAAUCUCUAUUAUCCCCUGCAACGUUUCUAUCUGUGGUCUCACAAAAACUUUUCCCAAUCCCUCACUCUCUCCCCCCGAAAAAAGAAAAAAAAAAUUUCCCGGAAAAUCCACCGAACACUUUCUCGACCAAACACCACCAAAAAGUGAAGAACUCUCCCUCUCGUCCCCAAAAACUGCGUUCGGAUUUCAAUCCGUCGAAAUGUCCACGUCAACACAACACCAAUUUCGGUACACUCAAACCCCUUCGAAGGUUCUCCACCUUCGCAACCUUCCAUGGGAGUGCACCGAUGACGAGCUCGUUGAGCUUUGCAGACCCUUCGGCAAGAUCGUUAACACUAAGUGCAAUGUUGGCGCCAAUCGCAACCAGGCUUUUGUCGAAUUUGCGGAUCUAAAUCAAGCCAUUUCAAUGGUUUCAUAUUAUGCUUCGUCUUCCGAGCCUGCUCAAGUUCGUGGUAAAACUGUUUACAUUCAAUAUUCUAAUAGACAUGAAAUUGUCAACAACAAAAGCCCUGGGGAUGUUCCUGGUAAUGUCUUGUUGGUAACGAUUGAAGGGGUGGAAGCUGGAGAUGUCAGCAUUGAUGUUAUUCACUUGGUGUUUUCUGCGUUUGGCUUUGUACACAAGAUAGCUACAUUUGAAAAGACUGCAGGUUUUCAGGUUGGUGAAUUUGUAAAUUGCACUUCUUUCGAUGUGUCGUUGCCAGUAUUUACCCUGUGUUUCUGUUUGCAGGCUCUGAUUCAGUACACUGAUGCUGAUACUGCUGCUGCUGCUAGGAACGCACUGGAUGGAAGAAGCAUACCUAGAUACUUGCUACCAGAGCAUGUUGGUGCUUGUCACUUGCGUAUCUCAUACUCAGCUCACAGAGAUCUCAAUAUCAAAUUUCAAUCUAAUCGCAGCAGGGACUACACAAAUCCCAUGCUUCCUGUUAAUCAUACUGCCAUAGAUGGGGCAUUACAGCCUGUUGUAGGUCCUGAUGGGAAGAAGAUAGAACCCGAGAGUAACGUGCUUUUGGCUUCAAUUGAAAAUAUGCAGUAUGCUGUCACUGUAGAUGUCCUUCACACGGUGUUCUCUGCAUUUGGUACUGUGCAGAAAAUUGCUAUUUUUGAAAAGAAUGGCCAAACUCAGGCACUAAUUCAAUAUCCUGAUGUCACAACAGCGGCAACUGCCAAAGAAGCUUUGGAGGGGCAUUGCAUAUAUGAUGGUGGCUAUUGUAAGCUUCAUCUAACAUACUCUCGUCAUACUGAUCUCAAUGUGAAGGCCUUCAGCGACAAAAGUAGAGACUAUACAGUGCCACAAGUUCCUGCAGUACCUUGGCAGAAUCCUCAGGCUGGUCCUAUGUAUCCUGGUACUUCCCCUGCGUUACAAGGUCAAGUUCCCGGAGGACAAAUGCUAUCUUGGGAUCCAGCCCAGCAGGCAGCUACGCCGAGCUAUGUAUCCGCACCCGGUACGUAUCCCAGUCAUACCUAUGCAGCUCCUCCAACUCCUGCUUAUCCUACUGCUGCUGCAUCCUCGCCUAUUGCUCAGAGCAAUCCUCUUGUUCAUAAUGCAAGUUCCAUGGGAAUCACUCAGCCUGGGAUUCCAUUGAAUUUGAAUUUGCAACCCGGUGGUGCUUCACCUUCAGUUCCUGCUUCGUCGCCUCUUAUGCAAGCCAGCCCAAUUGCUGGUGCAUCACCUCCUGCUCAUCAACCUUACUUUAGUUGAUUAUAAUUUAACCGAGUGAGAAUCCGUUGCACUCUGAUAGAAAAGUUUUCCCCUUUAACAUCUCUAGUUGAAUCUCAUAAUUCUGUCUCAACUGUAAUUUCAGUGUCUGAUAAUACCUCUUCUAUUUAUCCACGCUUUGCCGAGUAUAAUACUUGCUGCUUGCUGGGCUUUUUUGUUCUCUCUCUGUAUGCUGCAUCUGCCCUAAACAAUGCAUUUGUGGAAAACUUAUGCACAUGCCACUUAUUUACAGUUCA